UGACAGUCGUUAUUGCAAGAGGAGAGAGUGUCAAUUGUUGCCGGCAACAGUUGUAGAGAUCCUCAGCAGAGGUCCUAAACUUAUCGGUCUAGCGGGGAUGACGUUUAGGCGGUCGGUGAGCUCGUACAAAGGUGGCUUGAAGAUUGGACAGAAAUUUUUGAUGAACGUGGAUGCAUGGUUAGAGCUUCAAACGAGCAACAGUUUUGACGAUCUAAACGACUCUGUCAACUACGCGGACCUUUCCAGUGUUGUGGAGAAGAUCGUGGAAGGUCCGAGUUCUGAUCUGGUAGUAAAGGUUGCUAGUGAGAUAGCUCGCGAAGUGUUAGUGGCACAUCCGCUAAGAACGAACGUACGUGUCAGGGUUUGCAAAUGCACUCCACCAAUACCUAGGUUUGUGGAUAGCCAGGGUGUUGAUAUCUUCCGAACCUCUAUGGACUUUGUUAGCAGAAGUUAGUCAAAUUCCUAAUGAUCUCCUCUGCUAUCAGCCGUGGAGCAACGUCUAAAUUCAGAAACCCAC